AUGUUGCAAGUCGUGCCAGGCAUCUUGGACACCGCGCCAUGCACUUUUCCAACCGAAAAUCUCCCCGGGCGGGGAUUUGAAUCCAUUCCACUUGACCUGUCUGAUUGCAGCUCGACUGUCCGCGACGUGCUCCUCCAGGCGUGGGCAGUCGUUCUGCGAUACUAUGUCGGCAGUGAUAUGAUCGCAUUCGGGAGAAUCGAUGACACCAACCCGUCAUCGCGAUUCGCAGUUUGUCACGGUGAUAUUCCUGCCUCUGCGGCGCUUGAAGCACUCACUGCUUCGUCAAAUCCGGAAGAAUCCCAAAGCUUGUCGCUUUCAGAAUGGAUUUCUUCAAAUACGUUCAAUACCCUUGUGUGGAACGGCGCAAAUCUUUCCUCUGAAGAAUUGGAGUCAACAUCGUGCUGUAUUGCUCUCCUUAUCUCCGAAACCCCGUCAUUAACCUACGCCUCCAAUGCUGUUGCCAAAAAUGUAGCCAGCGCGGUGGCCGAAGGUGUGGCCCAUGUGGCCAAUAUAAUCGCAAACGACCCUCAAACGACGAUUGGCGCAGUGGAUCUCUUUGGUGCUGCGUCAUGGUCACAACUCCAAGAGUGGAACUCGACGGUUCCUAAUAUGAUUGAGGUCUGCAUGCAUGAUCUCAUUGAUGCACAGGCAAAAUCACGACCAGAAUCUACAGCGCUGGAAUGCUGGGAUGGAACGAUAACGUAUGCGCAAUUGGUGGACUAUACUUCCCGGCUAGGCAGCUUUUUGGUCACGCAAAAUGUUGGGCCCGAGGUCUUUGUCCCAGUCUGUUUCGACAAGUCCCUCUGGGCUGUGAUCUCAAUGAUCGGUGUCAUGAAGGCCGGUGGUGCAUUCGUGUGCAUUGAUCCGGCACAGCCAGUCGAUCGACUAGAAACCAUUAUCAGUGAAGUGGAUGCGCAGGUAACACUGGGUGCACCGGCUUACCGUGACACGCUAGCUGAGUUGGUACCCAAUACCAUCGCAGUCGACGAGAGCUUCAUCCUCAGCCUUCCACCUGCUUCUGAGCUCCCUCAGGUAUCCCCGAAGGAUGCUGCGUUCGCGAUCUUCACUUCUGGUAGCACAGGAAAACCAAAAGGUAUCGUGCACGAGCAUCGCACGAUGUGUUCUAGUGCCAGACGUCACGCUGCUGCGCUGAACAUCAACAGCGCUACGCGUACAUUCCAAUUUGCUGCAUACACAUUCGUUGUCAACACCUUCGAACUUUUCACGCCAUUGGUGGAAGGUGGUUGUGUGUGUGUUCCCUCGAAGGAGGACCGCUUGGGACGCACCACCGGUGCGAUGCGUGAUUUGAACGCGAAUUGGGCGUGCUUAACCCCGUCCUUCCUACGUUCAAUCAAGCCCGAGGAUGUGCCGCAGCUUCAAACCCUCCUUUUGGCUGGUGAACCUGUCCAGCAAGACAACCUGGAUACAUGGCGUCACCGAGUAAAGAUGCUGAACAUGUACGGUGCUUCAGAGGCCUCAAUCUGUGUCGCCGGUGACUUGUCGGGCCCCGUUGGCCGCUCUACCAUUGGAUUCGCGGCUGGCUGUACAACUUGGGUGGUGGAUGCGACUGACCACAAUCGAUUGGCCCCUCUUGGAGCGAUCGGCGAGCUGGUCAUCGAGGGCCCAAUCCUCGCUCGCGAGUAUAUUCACCAGCCCGAGAAGACAGCCGAGGUCUUCAUCUCAAACACCCCCUGGAUGGAAGAGAUUCGCGGUGCGCUGCCAUCUCGCGCGUACAAGACUGGAGACUUGGUUCGGUAUGGAACUAAGGGCAGCAUCAACCUCGUGGGGCGGAAAGAUAUGCAGAUCAAGCUGAGAGGCCAGCGUAUUGAGCUCGAGGAAGUCGAGUUCCACCUGCGCCAGAUCAUUCCUAAGGGAACUGAGGUUGCCGUCGGUCUUGUCAAACCUGUGGACCAAGCAGACCGCCCCAUGCUUGCCGUAUUUGCAUCUGUCAAGAAAGCCUUCGGUGACAACUUCUACCCCGUUGAUGACGAUGUUGCCACCGAUAUCGAAGCCCGCAUGGAGGGGUGGAAGGCUAAGCUCGCCGAAUCCGUUCCGGGGUACAUGGUUCCCUCGACUGUCGUCAAGCUCAACCACAUGCCCUUGACUGCUUCCGGAAAGACAAACCGCAAAGCUAUUGGUGAUUUUGCUUGCACACUCACCAUUUCCGCUUUGACGGGGGCUUCACAGGCGGAGCACAAAGAGCCAGCCACGGAAACAGGAAUGGCGCUGCGUAGCCUGUGGGCAGACGUGUUGGAAUUGAAGGAGGAUUCCAUCUCUGCCACCGAUAGUUUCCUUCUCCUAGGAGGAAACUCUAUUGAUGCGAUGAAAUUGGUCAAUCUGGCCCGCGACGCUCAAAUCGGUCUAUCCGUCGCCAGCAUCUUCACGUAUCCUGUGCUAGAUGAGAUGGCAGAAGCUUGCUCGCAACUGCUUGUCCAGACCUUCGAAGAUGUUCCAUUUGGUCUUGUGUCUGGUGAUGUUGCCAGCCUGAUCCAGCAGGCUGCUGCACAGUGCGAGGUUCGCCCAUCCGCUGUUGAAGAUCUAUACCCCUGCACCGCUAUGCAAGAAGGUCUCAUGGCUCUCUCAGACAGCAGAGCCGGUGCCUACGUCGCCCAGCACACAUUGUCAUUGGGCCCUUCUGUCGACCUGGAUAGGUUCAAAAAGGCUUGCCAGAAAGUGGUGAAUGCCCACCCCGUACUCCGCACGAGCAUUGUCUACCCUGAACAGACCAGAGCCCUGCAAGCCGUCAUCCAAGGUAAUAUUCAAUGGAAUACUGCUAGCGAUCUGGAGACCUACACAACACAAGACAAGGCCAGCCCCAUGAGUGCUGGGGCGCCCCUUACUCGUUAUGCUCUCGUGCCCAGUGAUGAGGGAUGGACGUUUGUUUGGACUGUCCACCAUGCUGUCUAUGAUGCCUGGACGCUUGAUUUGACCUUUGAUCGCCUCGAUAAGGCAUACAAGAACCAGAACAUUGCGCGUGAUACCUCUUUCAAGGAGUUUAUUCAGCACGUAAUCAACACCGAUGCUGCGGCAUCUGAGAACUUCUGGCGAGAAUACCUUGCAGGUGCCACUCGCAACGAAUUCCCAUCAGCAGUCUCAACCUCAAAGCAACCAGUUGCUGACUCCUCUGUUAAGUACAGCAUGACAUUGAACAGGACUGAUGGUCUGGCCGGUAUCACACUCGCGUCGAUGAUUCGUGCCGCCUGGGGAAUUCUCAUUGGAUCCCACUCUGAGUCCGAUGAUGUUGUCUUUGGUACCAUUGUCUCCGGUCGCAAUGCCCCCAUCUCGAACGCGGACCAGCUCUUUGGGCCCGGUAUCGCUGCUGUUCCUAUCCGUGUCAAGUUCCAAGACACUAACGACACCUUGACCAUCCGUGAGUUUGUUGGUGAUGUUCAGGACCAAUCAACCAAAAUGAUUGAAUUUGAACAAGCCGGUUUACAGCAUAUUCGACGUGUUAGUUCUGAUGCCACUGCGGCCUGUGACUUCCAAACCCUCUUGGUCGUGCAGCCCUCCAAGAAGAAGCACAUCGCAACUGAUGAGAUUGAUCUGCGAGCGGCAUCUGAAGCGGAUGCUAACUUCGGCACAUACGCUCUUACUCUGGAGUGCAGCCUGAACCCUGAUGGGGUCGCUUGCUCUGCCCAUUAUGAUUCGAGUCUGGUCGAGGGCAAUGCAGUUGAGCGCAUCCUUGGCCAGCUUGAAAACCUACUGCACCAAAUGUGCUCUUCUCCUGCUGAUAAGAAGUUGAAUGAGCUCGUUUUCAUCAGCACCAAGGACCAAGAGAGCAUCCGUGGAUGGAAUCGUCACAUCCCAGCCCCUAUCCACAAAACCAUCCAUCAGAUGAUCGGAGAGCAAAUUGCUGAGCGCCCAGAUGACGAAGCGGUCUGCUCCUGGGAUGGCUCUUUGACAUAUGCCGAACUCGACAAGCACGCUUCUCGUCUCGCACGCCGCCUUGGUCAGCUGAAUGUCCAGCCCGAAAGCUUUGUUCCUUGCUGUUUUGAGAAGAGUCUUUGGGCUAUGCCCGCCAUGCUGGGUGUCAUGCGUGCAGGCGGUGCAUUCCUCAACGUUGACCCUUCCCAGCCUACCAAUCGAAUCCAGCUCAUGAUCAGAAAGCUCAAAGCCCAGACUAUUGUCUGCUCCCCCAAGCAAUAUGAUCUUUGUCGCAGCAUGGGUGAGGAGUUGAACAUCGUGGUCUUGGAUGCUCAGACCCCAGAGGAGUCACUUCCGGAACCCGCACCUGUUGACGUGAGACCCGAACAUGCUGCAUAUGUUAUCUUCACAUCAGGAAGUACUGGAGAGCCCAAAGGAACCAUCAUCCAGCAUGGCCACUAUGCCGUCGGCUCUGUGACUCACGCGCCUGCCAUGUUGAUUGACAGCAAAACUCGAGGCCUACAGUUUGCAUCAUUCACAUUUGAUGCUAGUCUGGUCGAGACACUCACGAUUCUCAUCGUUGGCGGUUGUAUCUGCGUUGCUUCUGAGGAGCAGCGAAAGCGUGACGUGUCUGAAGCAGUGCGCAACACAAGAGCCAACUGGGCCGCCCUGACGCCUUCGUUCGUCAAUCUUCUGAGCCCUGAAGAUGUUCCGUCAAUCAAGACACUUAUCCUGGCCGGAGAAGCUAUGUCGCAAUCCCACAUCGAUACUUGGGGAACUCGCGUACGACUGGUCAAUGGAUACGGCCCUUCGGAAUGUUGCGUUGCGUCUACGUCCAACAUUGACGUUGUGCCAGGCGUAAGCCCGCGCAACAUCGGUUUCAUGUGCUCGGGUGUGUCCUGGGUUGUUAUGCCCACCAACCACCAUCGUUUGAUGCCCGUUGGCAGUGUGGGAGAGUUGGUACUGGAGGGCUGGAACGUUGGUCGCGGAUAUCUCGAUGAGCCGGCGAAGACACAGGCUGCGUUUGUUGAAAACCCGCUGUGGAUGGACUUGGGUGAUCAGCCUAGAUCUCCCGUUGUUUACAAAACAGGAGAUCUAGUCCGGUACAACGCUGAUGGCUCCCUUGACUUCCAGCGUCGUAAAGAUACUCAAGUUAAGCUGCGCGGUCAGCGUGUUGAGCUCGGAGAGAUUGAGUACCGCAUCAAGCAAAGUCUUCCUGACAAACCUCAUGCUGUCGUGGAUAUCGUCUGUCCCAAAGAUGCCCCUGAUCAGCCUCGCUUGGUGGCAUUUAUUCAGGUUCCAGCGUCCGAGGCUCGCCGAAAGCCAACGUCCAUCUUCAUGCUCAACCAGCCGGAGUCUAUGAUCCCAGAGCCAAACCAGCGACAUAUCUCCUCGGUGUCUGGACUUGAAGACCGACUGUCAGACUUCCUUCCCAUGCACAUGAUCCCUAGUGCCUAUAUUCCAUUGUACAACAUCCCCAAGAUGCCCUCUGGUAAGGCAGACCGCAAGACUUUGAUUCGCCUCGCGAGCGGAUUGACUCAUCGUCGGAUGGCCGAAUACUCUGGAGCCACAGAGGAUGCCCGCCCUCCAACAACCGAGAUGCAAUUCACCAUGCAGGAGCUUUGGGGAGAGACUCUCAAAAUGCCUGCUGCUCAAAUCAGUCUGAACGACAACUUCCUACGACUGGGUGGUGAUUCAAUCAGUGCUAUGCGAUUGGCCUCUGCGGCGCGCACGAAGGGAAUCCCGCUCUCCACGGCCACCAUCUUCCAACAUCCCACACUGGAGGCCAUCAGUGCCGUUGCGGAAACUCUGUCGCACCAGCAGCGACCUCAAACCUUUGAACCUUUCUCCAGUCUCAAGUCAAUCCCCAAGGAUAAGCUGAUCGACGAUAUAAUCAUCCCUCAGCUUGGUGUGCCUGCUUUCCAGAUCCAGGAUGCUCUGGAAUCUACCGAUUUCCAGUCUCUGGCAAUCAACGGCGGUCUCAAUCAGACCCGUGGCUGGAGCAACUACCUCAUCUUCGACUUUGAAGGGCCGAUUGAUCUCCGCCGACUGCAAGUGGCAUGUGAACAACUGGUUGCUCACCAUGCUGUUCUUCGCACUGUGUUCUUGUCCACUGGCUCCGAGCUCAUUCAAGUUAUUCUUCGUUCGGUUGCCCCCGAAUACAGCAUUCACAUUCAGGACGAGGAAGAUCCAACCGAAGAUCUCAUUCGUGAAGACCUUGCCAGGCCCCCCCACCUGGGUGAGGCUAUUGUGCGCUUUAUGCUUGUCAAGGAUGAUGCCACCCAUCACCGAUUGAUCAUGCGCAUCUCUCACGCCCAGUAUGAUGGAAGUUCCAUGCCGCAUCUGAUGCAGGACCUGCGGGCGGCCUACCGUGGCGAAGACCUUCCCAAGCGUGCCCAAUUCUCUGACUUUGUCCGCACGCAACUGCAUAGCAGCGAAGGUGCUAAGAGCUUCUACUCGGAUAUGCUGGCUGGAUCUAGUAUGACCUCGGUUGUCACGCACACCAAGUCGUCGGUCACAAAUGUCCUCAACACCAUGCUGGCUGAAGUGGUGCCUCUGGUGGCAUUCAAGGAACACAGCAUUACAGCUGCUACAGUCGUGAAGGCAGCCUGGGCACUUGUGCUGGCGGACAUGGCGGCAACUGCAGAUGUUGUGUACGGGCACAUGGUGUCCGGUCGCAACCUGGCUCUCGACGGUGUAGAGUCGAUGAUGGGUCCAUGUUUGAACAUUGUGCCUGUGCGUGCCAAUAUGGCAACUAUGCAUAAUGUUCUCGAUCUGCUGCGUGCCAUCCAACAGCAACAGACCGACACGAUUCCCCACGAAAGCUUGGGUUUCCAGCAGAUCAUUGACCAAUGCACUGAAUGGACCCCAGCAACAAGAUUUAGCUCCGUGUUCCAAUACCAGGACUUCGGCGGUGAGGAAGCUGCUCCCGGCCAGCCUGUGCCUUUCGAAAGUGUGCUCAAAUGCACCCCUGGCUUCGUUUGCCCGGCCCCUGACGCCUGUGACAUGUCCAUUCUGGCCACCCCUGUUGGCGAGCAGAUUCGCGUCGAGAUGAUCUUCUCUAACCACGCUGUUUCGCGCGAGUUCGCGCAGGGAAUGUUGAGCAGUUUGUCCGCCAAGCUCGAGUGGAUCUCUCGCGAUGUCGAAGCCCCGUUGGGGACGAAUGAAAUGUGCCAGCGCGAACCCCAGAUUCCCCUUCCUGAACCUGGCAACAGCAACAAUGGUCUCAGUGGUGUUCUCAACGCCGUGGUGAACGGACUCGGCUCGCAGGCCAAUGGAGCCAAUGGGGCGGACGCGAGUGAAGAUGCCCAAAUGGACGGGAAGAUCGAUCUUUUGGCAUCGGUCCGCAUCAACUGA